CCCCCCACCUCAACCACACACACACACGUAUGAAGACCCCUAAAACAGGACAUCAGAACUCCCCAAAAUCCCCCAAAAAUGGCCAUUCCCAAACUCAUCUUGACCACACUCUCUCUAUCCCUUCUUUGCCUCCAUACUUGUGUUGCUGUCUCAGUUUUAGAGCUCCAAAAUGCACUGGAAACCAGUGAGGUUGAUGCCAUGGUGAAAAGGGUUUUCACCAACAAGGUUGAAGAUUGUCUAGGAGAUGAAGAAAUGGAGCCUGAGACUCAAAGGAGGCUGCUUUUGAUGCAGACAAGGUACAUCAGUUAUGCGACACUGAGGAGGGACAUGGUCCCUUGUGAGAAGCCUGGUGCUUCUUACUAUGAUUGUCAUGCUGGUGAAUCUAAUCAUUAUAGUAGGGGAUGUGAGAUUAUUACAAGAUGUGCUAGAGGGAUCAAAGGUGUUCGAACUUAGAACCUACACUUGAGCUGUCUUUGAUGAUGUUUUUUGGGUUAUUGUUGUAUAUUUUAGAGAUAUUUGCCUUGAAAUUUCUAUAAAUGAAAUGCAUGUUUAACUUUGGUUUUCAGUACAUUUGAGGCUUGUUUGUCAGAUUUGGGGGAUGAACUGAG